AUGACAGGUGGCGCAGAAACUAAGACAAUUAUACGUUCAUCUGAGACGAAAUUACAAGAGGAAAAACGUCGUUUGGCAUUACUACAAGAAUCAUUAUCUCGUUCUAAUACCUUAACAAGUGGUAUGGUAUCAACUUUAGAUAAUUUUGAGAGAAAACUUCAAUCAUUAGAUGAAUUAGUCACACCUGUUUAUGAAGCCACAAAUGAAUUACGUUUAUUAUUACAUAAUGUUGAUCAAAGUUUAACAUUAGUUGAUUCAGUUCUUCAUUUCUAUGAUAUAUGUGGUGAAUUAACACCAACAAUAUCUUCAGGUCCAGGUGGAAAUUUAGCGGAUUAUUUAUCUGAAUUAGAUCGUCUUGAAGAUGCAGUUAAAUAUUUUCGACGUACACAAACAGCUGUUAGUGAACGUGAACGUGUUAUGCAAUUAUUUGAUCUUGGAAGAAAACGACUUGUUGAAGAAACUGAUAAACUUAUAUUAAGAUAUGCUAAUCCAUUAGCAGCAAAAGAAUUAAUAGAAUUAUGUGAAUUAUCUUCAAAGAAUCCAACUGAUAUUCAUGCAAUGCAAGAAGCGGAUAUGGGUGUAUUAAGAAGCAUAAUUGAAUGGUUUAGUUCUCAUGGUUUUCGACAAGGUCUUAUUGAUUCAUAUGCGACAAAACGAGGUACAAUGAUUCGACGAUCUCUUCAACUUCUUGCGGAACAUUUAGGAAGAACAUCAGUUCGUCGUUCAUCCAUCCUUGGGUCAUCAAGUCCAAGUCUUUCAUCACAAAAUAUAUCUGGUUCAGAUACAAUUAAACGCCAAGGAAAAAAAAUCAGACAAUAUUUAUCACCUGAUAUGGGUCGUCGUUUUAUGCGUACAUCUGGUGGUGGUAGUAGUACAAUAUCUCGUACUUCAAAUUCUCCUCUAUCAACAUCAACAACAACUUUAGAAGAAAAUGCUGUUUUUGAUGCAAAUGAUGAUCGUGAUACAAAUAAUUAUAAAGUCUUACUUGAUUCAUUUAUUAUUCUUUUACAACGUGAUCGUGAUUUACUUAAUUAUGUUUUUCCAAUUGAUUUACAAUCACUUGUUUUUACGAAAUUAAUUGAAUUACCAUUAGUAUAUAUGCGUGAAGAAGGUCAACGUUUAUGUCAAUCAAUUGAACGAAUACCACGUAAACUAGAUGCUGGUAAAUUUGCAAUUUAUGGUGUUUUUUCCAUAUUAAGAUGGUUUCUACGAUCAAGAGCAGUGUUUUCUAAACUUUAUCAAGAAAGUGAUCCUGCUCGUCGACAACAAUUUACAACGCUUUCUGCAACAUUUGAACAAUCAGCAGUUGUAUAUCUUCGAAGUGUUUUAGAAGAAGUUACUUCGGAUCAACAACCCCCUAGUCAAGGUGGUAAUGUACAUCCAUUAACAUCACAUGUAUUAGCAUUUAUGGAAGGAUUAUUAGCAUAUGAUGAUACUGCAACAAUUAUUGCUACGCUUUAUGUCGAACAACAACAACGAACAAGUAGUGGUGGUUUAUCAGGGCCAGAAAAAGGUCUUUAUGAUUUAGGAACUUAUUUUGCUCAAUUAGUUCAAGCACUUCAUGUAAGUUUAUUUCGAAAAAGUGAAAGUUAUCCAUCACGUACUGAUACAACAAUACGAGCAAUAUUUAUUCUCAAUAAUAUGAAUUAUUUGCUUAAACGACUUGAAAAUUCAUCUUUGUUGGGUAUUAUUCAGCGAUAUCAACCAGAUCUGAAAGAAAAAUAUGAAAAUGAUUUUCAAACACACUUGAAAGAUUAUACGAAAUGUUAUACUCCAUUAAUUAUUGCUAUUCAAGAAAUGCUUGAAUAUGAUAAUAAAAAUCAUAUACCUGAUGGAAAAUUACGUGAACGUGAUCGUGAACAAUUAAAAGAAAGUUUUUCAACUGUUAAUACAGCUAUUGAUACAAUUCGACAACAAUGUGAACAAUAUAUUGUUAGUGAUGUUGAUUUACGUGAUCGUUUACGAAAUGAAGGCAAAGCAUUAAUUAUGGAAUUAUAUAAACGUUAUUAUACUAAAUUUGCACAUAAAGAUUUUACACGACAUCGUGAAAAAUAUAUUCGAUAUGAACCUCGAGCAUUCGAACUAAUUAUUGAAAAUUUUUUCUAA